AUGAAGAUGGUUCUGUUAUGGCGGAAUUUUAGGGGUCGAAGACUGAUAUUACUUGAAACUGUAUCAUUGGCUGUUGUGUUACUCUUUUUUUUAAGUUUCAUAAAGUCUCCGAGUGAUCGCAUGGGUCUUGAGAGUAUUAGCAUUGAGCAGAAUCUAUUAAGUAUCAUGAAUUCUAACAGAAUAGUAGGAGACGCGUCCAUAAUACGGUGUUUUCGAAGAUACUGUAAAACUCCGGACGGGUAUGAUAAAGUGUACCCUGAGUUAAACAAAAGCGAGAAAUGGAAUGGGCCAUUUAAAUAUUUCUUAAUUGUGAAAAGUGUACCAUAUGGAAAUCAGGUACUGAAAUACUUGGAGGAUUUUAGGAUUCAACCAGAACGUCCAAGUAAAGAGCAUCUGCUAGAGCUCAAGUACGGCAUGCGCAUAUGGAAAAAGAUUGCGUUCGAUGAGAACAAUAACUUUAAUGCCGUACCGUUGAUUCGUGAUAUCAAUGUCUUAUACGGGUCAAAUGCAUUGCAAGAUGCUAGAGAAAACUGGGAAUAUAAUAAAGACAGUAUACUGUACUUUGCUAAUCCUGUACCUGUGCAUUUAUCUUUAUUGAAGAUAUCUAAAGAUGAGGAGGUUAAAUUACGUCCUAAAUUGGAAGAGUUUGCAAAUUUGAAGAACCACGGCGCUCUUAUUUCUAGAAAAGAGAAUUAUAAAAUUCUUCAAGUAAGCGACUUACAUUUUGGACUUAAUGAUGGAUUAUGCUAUGAAGCUAACUGUAAAUCUGACGAGAGGACGUUGAAAUUCAUGAAAGAAAUCAUUGAAAAGGAAAAAAUAGAUCUAGUCGUCAUAACAGGGGACUUGAUAGACUUGUAUCGAUCGAUCGAUUCAAAAUCAGCAAUGCUUAAGGGAUUGCUGCCCAUUUUAGCAAGCAACAUACCAUUUGUCUUUACCUUCGGAGAAUCAGAUACUGACGAAUUCAAUAAUCCUCAUUUUAGAGAUGAAAAGGUACAUAUUGUGAAUUUUUUAUCGAGUUUAUCGAAUUGUUACAAUGAAUUACCUCCAAUCAGUGUUCGGGAGAAAUCAGAGAUCCAUGGGUUAACCAACUAUAAUCUUAAAGUUUUCAACCUAGAUGCCAAAGAUGGUGGCGAGCUUUCACUCGAUAACCCUCAUGCUUUAAUCACAGUUCUUGAUUCCCAGGACCAUAAAAUAGCUCCGUCUCAGAUGAACUACUUGUAUAGACAAAACGAUAUAUCGUCACUGGGGAAUAUAUUUAAAUUGCUAUUUUUCCAUUAUCCUUUGCCCAAUUUCAGACCUGCUGGCAGCUUCUUACUCGUUGGUUCUUAUAAUGAAAAGCAUCAAUUAAAUUCCAAAUCAAGUGCAGCUUUCAGAGAUGAUAUAAUAAAUUGUGGAUAUAAUGUCGUUUCCGUUGGCCAUGAACAUCAAAAUGAUGCAUGUCUACUUAGUGAAGAUAAAAAGUCGGGUAGAAAAAUAUGGUUAUGUUAUAACAGUGUCACUGGUGACUCUGCGAAAACUGAUCUCAUCAAAGAUUUUGACAGAAGAGCAAGAAUUUUUGAAAUUGAUUUCCAGAACCAAAAGCUUUUGAGUUGGAAACGUGGACAAGGUAAAGGUGAGUCAUUCCAUUAUCAAUUAAUACAUGCAUUUUAA